AUGACCCUUGCAAGGUCGUCCUUCGCCCCCGCCCCUAACCGCGCUUUCCGCAACGUCGUCAAGGCCCCUGCUCGCCGCACCCGCUCCGGCGUCGCCGUGAAGGCGGAAGGCGAUUUCGACCGCCUCAACGUCGUCAUCGUCGGCGCCGAGUGCGCACCUUUCUCUAAGACUGGAGGUCUCGGCGACGUCGUUCAGUCGCUUCCGAAGGCGCUCGUGCGUCGUGGCCACCGCGUCAUGUCCGUCGUCCCCAUGUACCACCACUACGACGAGUGCCACACCCCCUGCGCUCGCCAGAAGUUCAACGUGAUGGGAACCGAGGUUGAGGUUGAGUACUACCACCUGAACAGGGACGGCGUCGACAUCGUAUUCGUUAACCACCCUUGCUUCCACGAGGUCGGCGACCAGAUUUACGCUGGAAGCACCAUGGAUGUGGCGUGGAGGGGCGCGCUGAUGUCCCAGGCGGGCAUCGAGGCGGUCUGGCACGUCCACUGCGGCGGGUUCCCCUUUGGCGAUGAGAACCUGAUAUACGUUUCUAACGACUGGCACACCGGCCUCCUCCCGGUGUACCUCAGGGCGUUCUACCAGGACCACUUCAAGCUCGGCUACGCGCGCGCGGUGCACAUCGUCCACAACAUCGCUCACCAGGGCAGGGCCCACCCCGAAGAGGUCUGGCGCCUCGGUCUUCCCGAGCAGCACACUGGCGCGUUCUACCUAGACGACCCCAUGGAGGGUCCCUGCAUGAACAUCAUGAAGGCGGCAAUCAACUACGCCACCAAGGUGAUCGCCGUGAGCCCCGGAUACGCCUGGGAGUUGGGUACCGACGAGGGCGGCUGGGGCCUCGCGCCCACCGUGCGCUCCGACCCCGCCAAGGUGAGCGGUAUUGUUAACGGCAUUGACUUCCACGACUGGGACCCCUCGCACGAUCGCUUCCUGCAGUCCGAUGGAUUCCAGACCUACGGGCUCAACCUCGAGGGUCUUUGGACGGGCAAGCAGGCGUGCAAGGCGGCGCUCCAGAGAUCGCUCGGCCUGCCCGAGCGCCACGACGCGUGCAUGAUCGGUUUCAUCGGUCGUCUCGAUGAGCAGAAGGGCAUCGACCUUGUGCUUGACUCGGAGGAGUUCCUGAUGAACCAGGACAUCCAGCUCGUGUUCCUCGGCAGCGGCAGGCAGGACCUCAAGGACCGCCUCUACGACAUGGAGUGCAGAAACAGGGACAAGGUCAGGUCCUGGCUCGGGUUCAGCAACGAGAUGGCGCACCGCAUCACCGCCGGGUGCGACAUCCUCCUCAUGCCUUCCAGGUUUGAGCCUUGCGGCCUGAACCAGCUCUACGCCAUGCACUACGGCACGGUGCCGGUGGUGCACGCCGUGGGAGGCCUCAGGGAUACCGUGCGUCACUUCGACGGCGAGAACGAUGGUACCGGCUGGACCUUCGAGCGCGCGACCCCGGAUAAGCUCCAGUGGGCCCUCGGUCAGGCGAUCUACACCUACCAGUCGCACAGGGAGAGCUUCAUGCAGGUUGCACUCCGCGCGUGCCACCAGGACCUCGGGUGGGAUCACGCCGCGUACCUCUAUGAGCAGAAGUUCUACGAAGCAAAGUACUCUCAUUAA